AUGCGAUGGACUGUCGGAGUGUUGGGUGCGGUGGCGACGGGUCUGCUCUCAUCGCACAGAUCCAGUCUCAGUGUCGCCAUUGUGUCGAUGGCUAAGUAUAAUAGCAGUGCUACCGGUGCUCGAGAUGACAGUGACGAGGGUCAGUGUUGGCUACAGUCAGGCAAUCAUGGGAACAGUAGUUCACAAGAUGAUAACCCAAUAAUUAGGGGUGAAUUUGAUUGGAGUGAAUCAUUGCAAGGUAUUAUAUUAGGCGCCAGUUUUUACGCCUACUUAAUAACGCCGACAAUCGCCGGCAGAAUCACCGAAAGGUUUGGUUCAAAAUGGGUGACCGCUGUCUCACUCACAGUACCGGCGAUUCUGUUAUCACUCAUACCGAUCGCCGCGCGCCUACACGUCGGCGCUCUCAUCGUAGUACUCCUAAUAAUGGGUUUAUUUCACGGAUGUAUAUUCACAUCCCUGUUCUCACUGUUCGCCCACUGGUUCCCAACAUCGGAACGUUCAAUAGCCGUGGCCGGGCUGGCGGCUGUGCAUAAUUUUGGUAAUGUAGUCACUUACCCAUUGGCCGGGUAUCUAUGCGAUCUGGGGGUCUGGCCGGCAGUGUUUUACGUAAUAAGUUUGGCACACAUUCCGUGGAUUUUGUUUUGGUUAAUAUGUGUGGAAAACACACCUCUUAUUAGCAAUACUAAGGGUUACAUGAAAUGCUCGGACGAAGAGCUCAAAUAUAUUGACCAAAAUAAGGGCUCUUUUGGAGCACCAAAAAAAAACUCAUCGGCCCCCUGGAGGUCUAUAUUCACGUCCAAGUGCUUAUGGGCUACCAUUAACGCCAAAGUGUGUGCCGGUUGGGGCUAUUACAUGUACCUGAGCAAAAUGCCAUCAUAUUUAGAUAAAGCGGACCCCUCUCUGCGCUAG